CGAACCUGUUACGGAAUUUACCCCGCGACGCUCACGUAGAUUUGCUCGCUAUCCACUUGAUAGGCCUUUUUAAUGAGCUAUAAUUCACUCUCACGAUUGCGCGAGGCGGGUGGGGUAGAGCGGUUGAAAAAUUGGAAAACGCUUUAGUGGGGAAGGAAAAAAAAAAAAAAAAAAAAACAGCAAAGCUACAAAGCAGCAAAACGGCAAAAGGAACAUUGGAGGGGCCUUGCGAAGGAAUUCCGUGCACACAUAAGGUGCCCACUCAUUCGAACCGCUUCUGCAUUGGAAUAACUCCAACAUUUUGGGGGCCUUUUUUUAAAAAAAAAAACAUACGUAUAGUUUAUCGCCUAAAAGCACAUCCACUUAUGCAUACACAUUUAUGUACCUACACGUAAAGCAUUUUUGUAUUCCUCACCAUGCUGCUACUAAAUUUGAACACGGGGAUCUUCCCCCUAAUUGGGAUAAACUGGCGCAAGCGGUUCAUACCCCUGCUGUGCACCCCAUUUCACUUCCUGCGCCCACGUAAACAAACGCAACGGGUGGAUCGGUGUAGGACCAAAAAGCAGUACAAGAACAGACGGCAUUUUAGAGGCUACUACUACAGGUGGAUGGGCUCCUACUAAGAAGACUGUUCAGUGUACAAUGCGGGGGGAAAUCUGGGCAGAUACAUAUCUCCAAUGCUCCAAUGGGGGGGAGACAGAACGAAGCGGCAUGACCCCACGCAGACACACACCCCCUACAUGAUGUUACACUUUUUAAAGUGUAAUUAAAUCAGAUUGGUGGUUUAUCACGAAUGGUUUUUAAAAAUGAAUCCACAUUUGUGCUUUACACGUAAUUACGUUUGUGCGAACUUUGGACGUGAAAAGGGGAAGG